AGCUGCCGCCAAGCGUACGCGCGGGGGGAAGAAGAAGCCCGCCGAGCGCACCCCGCAGGAGUCUUUGCAGCUGCACGGCAAGAUUGCGGAGGCCGUGCGGACAAAUGGAAAUGUCGGCGAUACCACAAGCUUCUACUUCCGCAUACUGAUGUAUGACCCGAUAAUACUCGAAGAGCUACUGGCGUGGCUUAAUAUGGUGGGGCUGAGGAGCGUGGGUGUACUGGAGGAGGUUGGGGCGGCGGAUGUGAGGGCGUGGUGUGAUAAGAAUGGGGUUUGUCUUGCUAGUGAGGUGACGCAGAGGGGGAGGGAGAGGAAGAGGUUUUGAUUUGCAUAUAUUUUGGUGCGCGGGGCGUUUGGUCGGUGUACGAGUGCGAGGGAGGAUGGAGGAGGCGGAUGGAGCACGCGCUUCUGAGCGAUACUUGCUUGGUACUUGGGAUAACUACAUCAUAGCUCUUAGAUAGAACGUAUGCUUUCUGUAUUCUACAAUCAAUUCUUUUCUUGGGG